AUGGAUGGCGGACACGCAUCAAAACCCCAGGUUACGCCUCCAACUUCAGAAUCGGGGAAAAGCAAGUGUCGAGCCAAACAAUCCUGUAUUCCUUGCAGGUGUCGCAAGGUCAAGUGCGAUCGAAUAAAGCCUUGUCACUCCUGUUGCGUUCGAGGCCUUCCUUCUGAGUGCGAAUAUGUCACCAACAACGAAGAUCGGUUCCUCAUUACCCAGGCUGACGCCGUCGCGAGUCUGAGAAGGGAAGUUGGUCGAUUAAAACAACAGUUGCUCGCGCUUGGUCAUACUCCUAGUUCAGAGCUUGAUACAGCGGAUAACGGUUUUACUACCACCUCACCCUUGAAGAAGGGCUCUGGACAGCCCUCUUCACCCCCUGAAAGUCCGCCAUGCAAUAGAGUCCCAUACGGAAAAUACGCCACUUUACUAACAAUCGUCCAUACCAUCGCAACUGCGUCCCCAGAUGUUGUCGCGAAUACAGUUGCUCAGAUUAGGACAGGAACUUUGUUGGAUAGCACCGCCCUAACCACAACAACCGAACCACAACCUUAUAACAAUCCUGGAGAAUUAAAGACUGCUUCACAGACUUAUACACACUUUAGUUCUCAAAGUAGAGUGCAAGUAGAUGACGAGGAACAAAGACAACCCAAAAAGCCCAAGCCUGGAUUGAAGCAUGAGCCCGCCGAUACAGCUAGUGCUGAUGAAUUGGAGAGCAAGUCGUGGCCUGAACCGGAUGGUUUAGCCAUCAUCCAUCCUCCAGAAGACGACAAGACUGCUAUCACAAGGAAAGUUUCGCAAGGGUCUGAAAAUCCUGCUAGAGAACAGCACUUUUCGCGAAAAAGGGGUCAAGUCUCAUCCGCCUUUAUGACCCCGGUAUCUCAAAGAAAUCUCGUUACAGAAAAUUUUCUCGGACGUUUUGUGGACGAUUUCAGCCCCAAUGUCGACUGUGAAACUAUUGGAACUUCUCAGACCAUCCGUUGUGCCGCGGGGAUGAGAAUGUUUUCUCCGGUUCUCUCUGAGGCUUUUAACGCAGUUGCCCUCACGUACUUCGGACAUAAUUUCGCCGAUGAAAGAAUAGAGAGAGCUGGUUCCCAGAUACAUGUUCUUGUGCUUAGGAGAUUACAGGAAGAUAUAAAUCAUAUCGAACAUGCCAACUCUCAAGCUAUUCUACUAACUGUCUGUCUUCUCAUGUGUUUUGAAAGUUUUCGGCGCACAACAAGUGAGUCACUUGUACAUCAUGCCAACGGAGCUCUGAAACUCUUGGAGUAUCGAGGUCCGCAAAGCCACAUGUUCGGAAUCGAUAAUUCGUGUUUUGCUGAACUUCGUCCAUACUGGGUGUUCCUCGCCCUGGUCACAAGAAGACCCACAUUUCUAGCGAGAGAAGACUGGAAAUCGGUACCGUUUUUAGCUGGUUCAUCCUCCAAGGAUCUCAUGCAUCAUCUCCUAGAUCAAGUCGUGGACAUCCCUGCGUAUCUCGCCCAGUUUGACCGGCUCAUUAAGGGACUAAAUUCGGGCUACAUAAAUUAUACAGAGGUAGCAACUACACGAGGCAUGCUGUGGUCAUGGGUAGCUGAUCUUGAUAAUCGGUUACGUCAGUGGAAGAAGGACUGGAUCGAUUCAGUUCCAUCACGCCAAGCCACUGAGGUAACAAUUCAAGGCAGCGAUCCAUUUCCUAUCUUUCGAUGCCGUGAUCUUACCACGAUGGAUAUAAUUACUCCAACCACUCUCGUCUACCCAGACCUGCGAAUUGCCCAGACAAUGAGUGUAUAUUAUGCCUCCCACCUCAUCCUUUCCGCCGCUGAUACAAGACCAACUCCGUCUCUGCAACCUCCGCAGCAAUACGAGUUUGCAUGUAAUAUCUGCCGGAGCAUAGAGUAUUUCAUUCGCAAGAGUCCGGGCAAACUUGUCAAUCGUAUGGCGUUUCCUCUUCGCGUUGCCUUUGAUGUGUUGCCAGAGUCGGGUGUGGAGCGGGAAUAUGUGGUCGAAGUAUUUCGCCUGGUGAAUGACCGGCACAAGCUAAAGCUUUGGGGAACAACCAUCCCGGAAAUAUCAUCGAAACGGAGAGAUGUAUGA